AUGGAGCCCCUUUGGUUGGACAACUGUGGUCCGUGGCGGAAGCCUCCAAAGGCUGAAACUGGUGGUGGAGAAGGCGUAGAGGUCCUAAAAAAUGAGCCUUUCGACGGUGUACCAUUGUUGAAUGGGCAAUUUUGCAAGGGACAAUAUACGCACAAAAUAUAUCAUCUCCAAUCGAAAGUCCCCACGAUCAUUCGAAAAAUUGCCCCGAAAGGUUCUUUAGCGAUCCAUGAGGAGGCUUGGAAUGCUUAUCCAUAUUGCAAAACUGUUCUUACUAACCCUGAUUACAUGAAAGAAAACUUCUUUAUAAAAAUCGAAACCAUGCAUCUUCCAGACAGAGGAGAUACGGAAAAUGCUCACGGUCUUCCUCCUGAAGAAUUGUCGCGAAGGGAAGUUGUUCACAUUGACAUUGCCGACGAUAACGAGUACCUGCAUGCGGGUGAUAUCAAUCCUUCAACAUGUCCAAGUACAUUUGUGAGCUCGAAAACUGGACGGCGUAUCUGGAAGAAGAAUUUCAGUGGCCCCUUGACUGGAGGCUGGAUGGAAACUGUCGAUCCUGUGAUGUGUGCGUACAAGCUUGUUACUGUGCACUUCAAAUGGUUUGGGCUGCAAAAAAUGGUGGAGAGCUACACUCAUACGCAAUAUCCCCGUUUAUUUUCAAAGUUUCAUCGCGAGGUAUUCUGUUGGAUAGAUAAUUGGUAUGGUUUGACAAUGGCGGAUAUCCGUGCCAUUGAGGCAAAAGCUCAGAAGGAAUUGGAGGAACAACGGAAAAGUGGACAGGUACGAGGAAUGACCGCUGCAUAA